AUGGCUGAUAAUAUAAAUAUUGCAUCCAUAUUUGAUGUCAGAGCAAUAGACAUUGAUGGAAAUGAGUGUCAACUUAGUAAAUUUAAGGGUAAAAAAGCAUAUUUAAUAGUAAAUGUAGCUAGUAAGUGUGGAUUUACUUCAACAAAUUAUAAACAGCUAUAUGAGAUAUAUAAAAACUAUAGUGAUAAAGGCUUAGAAAUUUUGGCAUUUCCUUCUAAUUAAUUUUUUAAUUAAGAGCCAUUUGAUGAACCUGCAAUUAAAGAAUUUGUAAAAAAAGAAUAUAAUGUUGAUUUUCCUAUGUUUAAAAAGAUUUAUGUUAAUGGAGAAAAAAGACAUGACUUAUAUAAGUAUUUAGCAAAUAAUACUCCUGGAUUUUAAGGCUAUAUUUAAUGGAAUUUCGCUAAAUUUUUAGUUAAUGCUGAGGGAAAACCAGUUUAAUAUUAUGAACAUAAAUAAAAUCCUGUAGAUAUUGUUCCUGAUAUAUUAAAAUUAUUAAAUGGAGAAUGA